AUGCCGAAACGCUGCGAAUAUGAAGAUUCUCCGGAUGAGCCGCCCUCAAAACGCACACGGCUACCUGACCGGCUCUCAGCUCUUAGCGAUGAGCUACUUCUCCACGUCCUCAGUUUUCUAUCCAUCCCAUCCUUGAUAACGUGCCAGAGAGUAUCUCAACGAUUUGCCGCGCUUGCAGGAGACUCGGAAUUGUGGAAGCGAAAGUAUUACUCCCGUUGGGUAUGGCCGAGAGCCAGACGGAUACGACAGAUCAGACAGGGAAGCACAGUCAAAGGCUCGCUUGACUACUCGCCUCAGGUGUCAAACUGGUUUAGCCAUGGCCCGUUGACGCAAGUAGGCGAGGAGAGGAACUGGAAAGGCCAGUAUCGACUCCAGCACAAUUGGUCGAGAGGGUCAUGUCGAGUUACAGAGGUGGAAGUGGCUCAGCGUCCGGUCAGUCCCGUCGUGGUGAAGUUGGAACAUGGUAUUGUUUUUACGGCGGAUAUAGAGAAUGGACUCCGUGCGUGGUCGAUAAAAGAUACCAAAACGUGCCUUGCGACUGUACCAUAUUCGGGCAUAUGGUCUAGUGAUGUAGGGCCUGGAGUACCUACUGCGAUUGCAGUGACGGCGAAUAACCUAAAACAAGGUUGUUUUGGCGUUACGGUAGGCUUUAGCAAUGGUGGCAUGGUGGUUUAUUCGUUUGAAUCGCUACCUGACGGAGGAUCUACCUUUGAACUUCAGCUGCGCCACUCAGAUUCGGCAGCGGAAGACGCAGCCAUAACGGCCCUGGCAUCUCACAAGGAUUUCAUACUUGCCAUAUCAGAGGAUAAUGUCCUUUAUCUUUAUCAACUCUACUAUGAUGAUUCCCCACUUCUGAACCUAGGCGGAAAUGAGAAGACAAAGAGGAAACAUUCCAUGCGGCUGAUUGCCUCACUUGUCGCGAAUAGCAUACAGUCACCAUUUUCUCUUUCAGUCCGGACAACAUCUACCCAUGCUAUUGCAUCUGUGAGCUAUACCUUCCCACGCAUCGGCUGUGGCUGGUCUGUCGGAAUACAAGAACUCUACUGGAGUAAAGAUGGCGGAGACCUGACGUCUCGACUAGCAACAACCGUGGAUUGCCAGUAUCUUGGAAACAAGCUGUCUGAACCAGCUGCGGAUACACAGGUUAAACGGCCCAGGCAGAUGAUGUCGACGCCAGGAUCCUCUGACCAUCGUUCCCCCAUGGCCUUCCCUUCACUCUCCUACACCCAACCACCUACAUCACUUUCCUACUCACAUCCCUAUCUUCUUGCAUCUCACGCUGACAACACACUGACGAUGUACCUGGUUGUCUCGACUACCGAUAGCCUAUCCAUCAAGACUGGCCGACGGCUCUGGGGCCAUACCUCCGCGGUGUCUGGUGUGCAGGUGAGCUCGCGAGGGAAAGCAGUGUCAGUGAGCACAAAAGGGGACGAAAUCCGUAUCUGGGAACUUGAAGAGAUGAUAUCGUCUCGCGCAGCAUCAAAAACGGCACUGAUAGGGGAUAGAAGCGUCCAGCUGAGUCCCGAACCUCGGCGGUCGAGAACCAACCCGUUUAGCGUCUUAUCCCGGGCAGUCAAGAGACAAGUUGCAGCCAUGGAAGGGGUCAAAGGCAUUUCCUCCGAGGUCACACUCUCCUGCAUUAAGGGCCCCGUCGAAUUUGACGACGAACAAGUAGUAGUUCUCCGUGAGCACAGCCUAGGCACACAGUUACUCGGCUGCUACGACUUUACAUAG